AUUUUAGCUGUGCUCUGGAGCGGUGCCUGAAUCGUCGUUGCGGGUUCGAUAAGAUUAUUCGCGGUUGUGGAUAAAAAAACGGUAACUGGGCUCCCAUGACAAAAUGGAUAGUAGCGCCAAGCCGGAACGAAAGAAUCCCCGACAAAGGGCGAACAUCCUGUCACAAUUAAUAUUUGCCUGGGCGGUGCCAUUGUUGUUUCGCGGAUCGCGGCAAGGACUGAAUACAGAUGAUCUAACUGAGUGCCUGAAGGAAGAUCAUUCGGAACAGCUGGGCGAUCGACUGGAAGAUGAGUGGUACAAGGAGUUAGAACGAUCGCAUCGCAAGUCCCGGAAGCCUCGGCUGCGAAAUGCCUUGUUCAGAUGUUUUCUGUGGCCAACGAUCAUAAAUGGAAUUAUGUGCUUCGUCUACAUAGUGAUAAAAACUCUGAUACCCGCCGUACUUGCACAACUGUUACUUCAAUUCCAGAAUUCGAAUUCCCCUGUUGCGGAAACUAAUAUUACCGAGACGGUUAACCGCACUGUAAGGUCGGUGACAACCUUCGGAGCACCUUCCAAUGAUGUCAAUUCACCCAAUGCCCUGGAUACAGAUGAUCCUUUUAAGGAACACAUUAAGAGUGUUGAUUCUGUAUUGAGUUCCAAUUUAACCAAAUUGAAUAUCUUCGAGGAGGCCACUUUAUACGUUUGGAAUGAUCUUUACAGUCUUGGGGCAGUGCUGGUUGGUUCAACGCUAGUUGGCUGCUUCCUGAUCCAUCACCUGGACCUGAGGCAACGCAUGAUAGGAGCCCGAAUGCGCAUAGCUUGCUGUUCCUUGAUCUACCGAAAGACCCUCCGACUGUCCAUGAAGGCAGCGGGUCAAACCCCAGCAGGAUACCUCAUCAAUCUGCUCUCCAACGAUGUAAAUCGUCUCGAUUAUGGCUUUAUUUUCAUGCAUUGGAUUUGGAUAAUGCCGAUUCAAGCGGUGCUUACUUGUUAUCUCAUUUGGUUGCGCAUUGGAAUCCCGGCCCUAGUUGGUGUCAUCGGGUUGCUGCUGAAAACCGUGCCCCUUCAGUCGGCAUUGAGUAAACUAACAUCGGUGCUUCGUAUGCGGAUUGCAGAGAGAACGGACGCUCGAGUGGGAAUCAUGAACGAGCUGGUGCAGGGCAUACAGGUAAUCAAGAUGUACGCCUGGGAGAAACCCUUCCAGGCGGUCGUCGCCGAAGCCAGACGAUGCGAAAUCCAACAGAUUCGCUACGCAUCAUACCUGCGUGGAUUCUACCUCAGCACAAUGGUUUUCACGGAGCGUUCUACUUUGUACAUUACUCUGGCUGCUGCUGCUCUGAUGGGACAGAAAAUCACGGCAGAUUUUGUAUUUUCCGCCGCUAGUUACUAUAACAUUCUCCAGCUAGUGGCCGCCAUUUGGUAUCCCCUAGCAGUAACCUUUGGAGCCGAGGCUUUGGUCUCUCUGCGUCGUGUUCAGGCUUAUCUGCAAAUGGAAGGUCGAGAUGAGAAAGUCCAUGGGUUAACACACAAAGGGCAACAAGAUAGUGGAGAUCCACGAGCCGUUGUCCUCAAGGAUAUAAAUGCAAGCUGGGAUUUGGAGAAACCCCAACGCACGCUUCAGAAUUUCAAUCUCGAGAUCGAAAAGGGUCAGCUCUGUGCCGUCAUUGGCCCAGUUGGAGCUGGCAAGAGUUCGUUGUUCCAGUUGCUUCUCGGUGAGCUUCCCAUCGUCGAUGGCGGCGUUGUCAUGCAGGGAGACCUUUCAUACGCCUCUCAGGAACCUUGGCUCUUCACUGGCACCGUACGGAAUAACAUUCUCUUCGGUGAGCAAUACGAUCGUAAGAGAUACAAGGAGGUAACCCAAUGCUGUGCUCUCACCACGGACUUCCAGCAGCUAAGCAACGGUGACAAAACAAUUGUAGGAGAGCGUGGAGCAUCCCUCUCCGGAGGUCAACGGGCUCGCAUCAGCCUGGCUCGGGCUGUCUAUAAGCCUGCAUCCAUUUACCUGCUGGAUGAUCCUCUAAGCGCGGUAGAUGCUCAUGUCGGUCGACAUCUCUUUGACGAGGUCAUUGGACCACGUGGACGUCUGGCCCAACAGAAGGCGACCCGUGUCCUGGUCACGCAUCAAGUGCACUUUCUCUCCGAGGCCGAUUGGAUUGUGAUUGUGGAUCAAGGUCGAAUCCUAAGGCAAGGCACAUAUCAGGACCUUAUCAACAGUGAACUCGACUUUGCCAAGCUACUAGAGCGUCCCAAGGAGUCGGAAUCACCAAAAAGUGUAGGGAACUCGUCGUCCAAUACCACACUUAGUGCCCACGAUGAGUCGGAGGAGGAUGAUGAAAUACCCUACAUCGAUGGCGUGCGCGACGGGUAUCAACCACUGCGAAAGCAGAGCAACUCCACCCAUGGAAGUAAAUCGCUCAACAGCACUGAUCAGGCCGACGGCGAUGAAGACGCGGAUGAAAUGGCCGAGGCACAGGCUUCGGGAGGUGUCUCGGGACGUGUGUGGUAUGAGUACUUCCGGGCGGGCAGCACCUUGCUCAGUUUCAGCUUCAUGGUGUGCAUCAUGUUGCUGUCUCAAGUUGUUUGCAGCAGCUCAGAUUACUUUUCCAAUAUCUGGACACAGCAGGAACACUUAAGAUCCCAGGGUGAAUCCACCAGUUUUACAACCUUCGAGUGCAUGUAUAUUUAUGGAGGUCUCAUCAUCGCCGUCGUGGUGAUGACAACAUUCAGAGGAUUUCUGUUCUUCAAGACGUGCAUGCAUGCCUCAAAGGUGUUGCACGAUCGAAUGUUCAGCAGCAUACUCCAUGCCACAAUGCGUUUCUUCGAUACGAAUCCCUCGGGUCGCAUUCUCAAUCGGUUCUCCAAGGAUAUGGGAGCCAUUGAUGAAAUGUUGCCACGGGCUAUGAUGGACUUUAUACAGAUUGCCCUUGUUAUGUUUGGUAUAUUGAUAGUAAUCUCUGUGGUUAACCCCGUGUUGAUGGCGGCAAUGUUGAUUGUGGCUGUAAUUGAUAUGCUCAUCCUUAAACUGUAUCUGCGUUCAUCGCAGGAUCUGAAGAGACUGGAGGGAAUUUGUCGCAGUCCCGUCUUCUCGCACUUGAGUUCAUCCUUGAUGGGUCUGUCGAUUAUUAGGUCACGACAGAUGCAGGAGGUGGUCGCCAAAGAGUUCGAUCUUCUCCAGGAUGUGCACAGCAGCGUCUGGCAGUUGACCAUGGCAGCCAAUACGGCAUUAGGACUCUGGCUGGACUGCGUCAGUUGUUGCUUUCUCAGUGCCGUCACUUUUAGCUUUAUUAUUACCAGCGAGACUACAUACAGCGGCAAUGUUGGCUUAGCCAUUUCGCAGGCCAUGAUCCUCACAGGCAUGGUUCAAUACGGCGUCCGCCAAGUAGCCGAAUCCUUGCAACAAAUGACAAGCGUGGAGCGUGUUCUGCAAUAUACGGAAUUGGAACAGGAGUCGUCUCAUCCAUUGGGUAAGGAGCCAUCUCAACAGUGGCCCACUCAUGGUCAGGUUGAACUGCGCGACAUGAGCUGUCGCUAUGAUCCCAAUGGAUCAGCCGUCCUUAAGCAUCUCAGCUUGACCAUUGAACCAGGCUGGAAGGUGGGCAUUGUGGGUCGCACAGGAGCAGGCAAAUCAUCUCUAAUUGGAGCACUGUUUCGCCUGGCAUACAUUGAGGGAGGCAUCUACAUUGAUGGCAUCGAGACGGGCAGCAUUUCACUGGAAACUCUGCGCACUCGCAUCUCCAUCAUUCCACAGGAUCCUGUGCUCUUCUCGGCCACCAUUAGAUACAACCUUGAUCCCUUCGAGCGCUACAGCGAUGCGGAAUUGUGGCGAUCUCUCGAGGAUGUCGAGCUACGAUCGGCCAUUCCUGGUCUGGACUUUAUGGUAACAGAGCGAGGCAGCAACUUCAGUGUGGGACAGCGACAGCUCCUCUGCCUGGCACGUGCAAUCCUUCGCAACAACAAGGUCCUGGUCCUGGACGAGGCCACAGCCAACGUGGAUCCACAAACGGAUUCCUUGAUUCAACGUACGAUUAGAGUGAAGUUCCGUCAUUGCACAGUGCUCACUGUAGCUCAUAGAUUGCACACUGUCAUGGAUUCGGAUCGAAUUAUUGUCAUGGAUGCUGGAAAUGCGGUGGAAUUCGAUGUACCCCAUUUGUUGUUGAAGAAAUCUCAUGGAGUACUGAGACAGAUGGUCGAGGCAACAGGAGGGGAGUCGGAUGCACUGAAGAAGAUGGCCAGCGACUCCUUUAAGCGAAUGCAGCAGCAAAGUGAAGCGCAACGAGCUGACGAGUAGCUGGAGCAGGAGUAGAAGCAAAAGAUUACUUGGAUUCGCAUUUAUUCAAAAGUUAAAGACAUGUGGGUUUAUUUCUGAUAUGUGAAGAAAAUGUCAAAGAUCUGGUAAUGCUGGUAUUAUUUUUAAUGUAUCUCCAAUCAUAAACUGUACCAAAAUAAUGUACUUAUGUUUGUAUAAGUCCUAAAUUCAGUACUUAUUUUCGAUUUUUUUUGUAGCUAAUGAAGUUGUGUUUGGUUUUUCGAUGUUCAGCGUCACUUUCACGUACAGGUUUAUUACUUAAAAUCUCUAGGUAUACUGCCUUAUAAGUAAGCUUAAGCAAUACUUAUUUCAAGUAGCCUUAAGCGUAACAUGCAAUACAAUCAAAGGUUAAGUGAAAAUUUAACACAUUUUUAAGUAUGAGUUUUGUAAAAACUAAAGAAUUUAUCAUGUAUCACAAAUACCCAAAGAUAACUCAGUUAUUACACAAACUUAUCGUAAUAUUUGGGUGCUAUAAAUGAAAUCAAUUUAAGAUCAAGGAGUUUUUUUGAACUUCUCUUAUUAUAACUUUUCUUGUAUGUAACUUUAAUUCAAAAUUAACCGAACUUUCACUUUUCCCAUAUCAGCCAUGCAUAAGUUAGAACUAUAAAAAUAAUAUUAAUAAAUAAGAACAGUUGCACUGUGAACUCAAUACUUAAAACAGUAGCUAGAAAAAAUUUUUUGCAAUCCUAUUAGUAGUUUUUUAAAUUAUUAAUAAAAACAUAAUUGAUUAAAA